UGAUAUAUCAAUAAAAAAAAAAAAAAAAAAGUAAGAACUAAAAGACCCGUUAUCAAGCUAGAGAGUGGUAAGGUUGCAGUGGAGUUGAAUCGGCAGUCUUUCGUGACAGGUGCUUUAACCUACUUCUCUUAAUAUAAUAUUUACAUCUUGAGUCGAAACAAUUAAAAAAAAAAUGGCAUUUUGCAUUGAAUCUGAGAAAGAUUAUGCAUUUUUGUUAAAAAGUUUAAUUGCCGGUGGAGUAGCUGGAAUGUGUUCAAAAACAACAGUGGCACCAUUAGACAGGAUAAAAAUAUUAUUACAAGCACAUAAUAAACAUUAUAAACAUUUGGGAGUUCUUUCUGGAUUGAAAGAAAUUAUUCAACGUGAACGAUUUACUGCUCUUUACAAAGGAAAUUAUGCCCAAAUGAUUAGAAUUUUUCCAUACGCUGCAACACAAUUUACUACAUUUGAAUUUUGCAAGAAGUAUUUAGGUGGUUUAUUUAAAACGCAUACUCAUAUAGAUAAGUUUGUGGCUGGAUCUGCAGCUGGGGUUACUGCAGUUACAUUAACAUAUCCACUUGAUGUAAUUAGAGCAAGACUUGCUUUUCAAGUUGCUGGAGAACAUCUUUAUGUAGGGAUUGUACAUGCGGGUACCACAAUUUUUAAAAAUGAAGGUGGCAUUCGAGCAUUGUACAGAGGAUUUUGGCCAACUAUUAUUGGCAUGAUUCCAUAUGCAGGAUUUUCAUUUUAUUCAUUUGAGAAACUUAAAUAUUUUUGCAUGAAGUAUGCACCAAAUUAUUUCUGUAAAAAAUGUGAUAGAAACACUGGUGGCUUAGUUUUAACGAUACCUGCAAGAUUAUUGUGUGGAGGUAUUGCUGGUGCUGUUGCUCAAAGUUUUUCUUACCCAUUAGAUGUUACCAGAAGACGUAUGCAAUUAGGUAUGAUGAAUCAUAAUACUCAUAAAUGCAAUUCUAGUAUGUUACAGACUAUAAAAAUGAUAUAUAAAGAAAAUGGUAUCGUAAAAGGUCUAUAUCGUGGAAUGAGUGUUAAUUAUUUACGAGCUAUUCCUAUGGUAUCAGUUAGUUUUACAACAUACGAGAUCAUGAAACAAUUACUACAUUUAGACACGGGACUAAAAUUUUAAUUUAUUUAAUCAGAAUAUAUAUAUAUAUUUGUAAUCUAGUUCUUAUAUUUCAAUGUACUAUUAAUAAUAUGUAAUACUUUCUACAGUCACUUAAACAUGAAUAUUUUUGAU